CUGGACUCCUCGCGUCAAACCCCAAGUUGUCGUGCACCAGCCACACCCUUCGCUUCUCUCUGCUCGACCAUGGACCACCUCCUCAACGACGCGCCACCCGAGGACGCCAGCGACGAGGUGAUCGUCAAGAACGAGGCACCCACCGUCGUCAGCCCCAGCAGCUCUGCCGCCAGCCUCGGCCUUCACAUGCUCUCGGUGUCUGCCGCAGCUCCUGCUCUGGGCGCUCGCCCUGCGGCACCUCCACGCCUUCCGCCCAUCAGUCUCCUGACGGCCGCGGCUGCCGCACUGCAGCCCAUGCAGUGUCAGCCGCUGUACACGCAGGCGCCUCCGCAGCCCCAGCUGCGCCCCGUCAUCGCACAGCCGCUACCGAUUCCGGCCGCCUCGCCGCCGGCCAGUAACGCCGCGCUCCCUGCAGACGACAUGCUGUGCCGCUACCGGAACAAGAAAUGCGGCUACCCGCGCGCAAUCAAGCGCAAUGGCGAGCGCCACAACCUGUGUGAACGCCACCGCGCCAAGGCCAACCAGAACCAGCGCAAACUCGAGAGCAAGCGCCGCACGCAGAAGCGCAUGAAGCAGCGCGCGCACUCGCUCAGCGCUGACCGCAUCGUCAAGGCCAAGAAAGCCGCUUCCUCGGCUGAGACCGAGAUCAAGUUCACGCUCUAUGGAGGGGCCAUCGCAUGAGCGGGAGAUGACAGGAAAUUCAAGUGCUUUAAAGACUUGGAGGUUCGAAGUGAAGAACCUCUGUGAUGUCAAAAAGAAAGUAGAUGCGACAAAGGGCUCGUGCCACGUAGUGAUCGAAAUGCAAAUUCUGCUAUAAUUUAUGAAUGAUGAAGUUGAUGCUGGGAGCUGGAGGAUGAGGCACAUGUAGCUUGUUGGAACUGAGGUAUACUGAAGAUUGUGAGUUGGCCUGCUCCGCCGCAGCAUUAAGCUAAAACGAACCAAGAAUGAUCAGAUUUCCAGGGUUUUGUUUUCGCCAAAAAUUAAAAAAAAAAAAAAUGAUCUUUUGGUGUUUUCCAUUUAAAAACAGU